AGAGCAAGACAUGGAAAAGCAGGAGAAGGGGAAAGAGAAGGAGAGGAAAGGUUCAUGGUUUCAAGGUGAGGAUGUCUAGAAGCUCAGGAGAGGAAAAAAAAAAAAACCCUGUUGGAAAGUUUGUUCUUGCAGCAGGAGGAGAUGGAUCGGAGCAGGGGCAUGGGAACCCCAUUCAGUUGUUUCAAACUGGGAUGAGGGAGUUUAGGAGACUUUCACACAUUCCAGUGCCAGUGCCGGCUGGAGGGGCGCCAAGCUUUGACCGUAGCGUUACGUCUCACAGGAUCCCGAGACGUGUGGAGAGGCGUCCACAGAGGACACGCUGACUGACCUGGAUAAGAUUUAAAAUAGAGCCAAAGCAGCCACUGUACUGCUUAUUUUGGGAGGUGGAUCCCAGACAUUAAUACCGAGUCCAAAUCAGUCCACGAGGACUUCUGAUCUUUUAUUUUUAUUUUUAUUUGGCUCUUAAGGCUGCGACCACGUCCAGGAUUGAUGUGGUUGUUCUGGGCGGGUUAAAAUCUCUCCCUCUGUCAUCCAGCGGCAGUGGCGAAGCUGGAGUUUGGAGAGGAGGACGGAGCUGACGUCCAUGCUCGGGAUUUUCUGCCUAAUAAAAAAAUUAUGAACAGCCAGCUGUGAUUCUGCUGCAGGGAUGCCUUGUAAUAUGGUUGGAUACUCGUCUACCCUGUUGAUUCUCUGAACUGAAGAUGUGGAAAUUCAAAGCGUUUUGCCUGGAUUAUUGGCACGUGUUGUGUCUGCACCCACACAACAACUUUUACAAGAGUGUGGAAGGAGAUGGACGGCCCAGUGAGAGCGGUCCUUCCUUGGACGGCAGAGCCAACUACGGCCAGGGUCCCGUAACUCACGGCUCGGCCAUCAGCCCCGACCGAUUCGACGGCCCGCUUUACAGCCACGGGGUCCAACCCGGGCCGCAGAGGCCCCGUCGGCCCAAACUCCAGCACUCGCAAUCCAUCCUCCGCAAGCAGGCCGAGGAGGAGGCCAUCAAGCGGUCUCGUUCUCUCUCUGAGAGCUAUGAGCUCUCUGCUGACCUUCAGGAUAAACAGGUGGAAAUGCUGGAGCGUAAAUACGGUGGAAGGUUCAUAACUCGGCAUGCAGCUCGCACCAUUCAGACAGCCUUCAGGCAGUAUCAGAUGAACAAGAACUUUGAACGUCUCAGGAGCUCUAUGUCAGAGAACCGUAUGUCCAGACGCAUCGUUCUUUCUAACAUGAGGAUGCAACUUUCGUUUGAGGGCCCUGAGAAAGUGCACAGCUCAUACUUUGAAGGGAGGCAGGUGUCCAUGACUGAGGACGGCACCCCGCUGUCCAUGGUGCAGUCUGAACGUGGGGACGUGGAAGUCCACCAGCAGGCAAACAUGACGUCACACCCGCCGCCGCAGGCUGACCUGACCGAUGCCAUCACGGAGCUGGAGGACGCCUUCUCCAGGCAGGUUAAGUCUCUGGCAGAGUCCAUAGACGAUGCACUCAACUGUCGUAGCCUUCAAGGGGACGAGGGGCCUGACCCUGAGGCUAUGGGCUGCUCCAAAGUGCAGGGAGAAGUGCCCUAUCAGAUGAAGUCCCACCGGAGGCCAGCUGGACGGAUGCGAGACGAAACUGUUGCAUCGUAUAGUGACGUUACUUUGUUCAUCGAUGAGGACGACAUUUCCCACCCUGCUGCUCUGAGGUCAGGAGACCAGCCGUCCAGUACAGAAUCAGACUUACGGCUGCAGUCAGUAAACUCCUCCCAGGAGUACUGGCCUAUUGACUCUAAAGAUGAGGGUCGUGACACAGACACUAGCUGCCGCAGCACUCCUUCUUUAGAGUGCCAAGAACAGCGUCUUAGAGUGGACCACCUCCCUCUUCUGACCAUAGAACCUCCAAGUGACAGUUCAGCUGAGCUCAGUGAUCGCUCUGACCGCGGCUCUGUCAAACGACCGCCUGUAUACGAACCUCACGGCCACAUCGUGACGUCCUCCCAGGCGAGCCCCAAACACAUAUCCCACGGACCCCCGCCACGAGCGCCCUCCCGCGACGAUGACGCGCCUCUGCGCCACCGCCACCGGCAGCUAGAAAGCCACCUGGCCAUCAACGGCUCGGCAAACCGGCAGAGCAAGUCUGAAUCAGACUUCUCAGAUGGGGACAACGACAGCAUCAACAGCACAUCGAACUCAAACGACACCAUAAACUGCAGCUCCGAGUCCUCGUCGAGGGACAGCCUCCGAGAGCAGACGCUAAGUAAGCAGACCUACCACAAAGAGACUCGAAACAGCUGGGACUCGCCAAUCUUCAGCAAUGACGUGAUCCGCAAGAGACACUACCGCAUCGGCCUCAAUCUUUUCAACAAGAAACCCGAGAAGGGCAUCCAGUACUUGACCGAGCGGGGGUUCAUUCCUGACACCCCAGUCGGUGUUGCCCACUUCCUACUUCAAAGGAAAGGGCUCAGCAGGCAGAUGAUUGGAGAAUUUUUGGGCAAUCGACAAAAACAGUUCAACAGAGAUGUCCUGGACUGUGUGGUAGAUGAAAUGGACUUCCAGAGCAUGGAGCUGGAUGAGGCCCUUAGGAAGUUUCAAAACCACAUCCGUGUCCAAGGGGAAGCUCAGAAGGUGGAGCGGCUCAUUGAAGCGUUCAGCCAGCGGUACUGCAUCUGUAACCCCACGGUGGUGCGACAGUUUCGGAACCCCGACACCAUCUUCAUCCUGGCCUUCGCCAUCAUUCUUCUCAACACUGACAUGUACAGCCCAAACGUCAAGCCAGAGAGGAAAAUGAAACUGGAAGACUUCAUCAAGAAUUUAAGAGGUGUGGAUGAUGGGGAGGACAUACCCAGAGAGACUUUGGUCGGCAUCUAUGAGAGGAUUCGCAAGCGAGAGCUUAAGACUAAUGAAGACCACGUGUCACAGGUGCAGAAGGUGGAAAAACUCAUAGUGGGAAAGAAACCAAUUGGUUCACUCCACCAUGGACUGGGAUGUGUGCUGUCGCUGCCCCAUCGACGUUUGGUGUGUUACUGCCGGCUGUUUGAAGUGCCAGACCCCAACAAGCCUCAGAAGCUGGGCCUGCAUCAGCGGGAGAUCUUCCUGUUCAAUGACCUCCUCGUGGUAACAAAGAUUUUCCAGAAGAAGAAGAAUUCGGUUACAUACAGCUUCCGCCAGUCCUUCUCUCUGUAUGGGAUGCAAGUGAUGCUGUUUGAAAACCAGUAUUACCCAAAUGGAAUCAGACUUACAUCAGCAAUACCAGGUGCAGACAUCAAAGUUCUCAUCAACUUUAACGCGCCCAACCCCCAGGACCGAAAGAAGUUCACAGACGACCUGAGAGAGUCAAUUGCAGAGGUCCAGGAAAUGGAGAAAUACAGAAUAGAGUCCGAGCUGGAGAAGCAGAAGGGGGUGGUGAGGCCCAGCAUGUCUCAAAGCUCCGGCCUGAAGAAGGAAGCCGGUAACGGGGGCAUGAACCGGGCCAGUCUGGACGACAGCUACGCCAUGGGCGAGGGUCUGAAGAGGAGCGCCCUCAGCAGCUCCCUGCGGGACCUCUCCGAAGCAGGCAAGCGAGGGCGUCGCAGCAGUGCAGGAUCACUAGACAGCAAUAUGGAAGGGUCCAUCAUUAGCAGUCCGCACACACGUCGGAGACCUACAACAGCACGUGAGGGCUCCUCCCGCGGCCAUCCCUCCAUCCCCAACUCGGCAUCAACGUCCAUCCUUGGGUCGCUCUUCGGCAGCAAGCGGGGGAAGCCCUCGUCUCAGAGCCAGCCCCCUCUGCCGCCGCCCGGCCACCCCACCCUCAUAUCGCACAAGCCGCACCCGACCAACCUGCAUCACACGGCCCAGGUGGUGCACACGGUGCAGGCGCAGCUACACGGCCCACACCCCCAGUACUGUCAGGUCCCGCAGAACCCCCCGCCUUACCCCCACCCCCACCACUACCACCCGCCUCCCCACACGCAGUACCACCAGCACCCGGCCUACUCCUCGCACGCGCACCACCACUCGCAGCACGGCCACUACAGCCAGCACCCGCACCACGCCCAGCACCCUCACCACCACGGCCAGCAGGCGGGCCCAGCACACGGCGGGCACAAACCCAAACACAGUGGCAUCAGCACCGUAGUGUGAUGCUCCUCGCGCGGAGAGACGGGAAGACAAAGGAGGAGACUUUAUGAAGGAAGGACAAUCGCUCACACCAAAGGGACUGACAGCAUAACUCUAUGGCCUGUCCACUGUGUUUCAGCUGCUGUGCUGGGAAGCAGUCACACCCAGACACCGCUUUCACUUCCAGGUCCAACUGAUAUGCAGGAUAGAAAACGGAUUCAAAUCUUCCAAUAGGGGCCUUCACUAGUUUGCCUGAUUUGGGGCUUCUGCGUGUGGAGGGUUUGGGCGGUCUGCACAGGAAGAUGCUGUUUAAUUUCCACAAGCUCCAACCUGCUGCUUUAUCCCCACAUUUACCUACCAUUACAUAAUCAGGAGGAAGGAAGCCCUACGAUGAGAACAUGUUUGACUGUUUUUUUUUUGUUUUGUUUUGUUUUUUUCACAAUUUCAGAAUUUCAGCUGUUGAGUCUUUGGUUUUUGCAAAUCCUGCCAUCAUGUGAAUGCUAUUUGUUGUCGCCUCCUCUAGAGCUCAUAUAUAAUACAAAAAAAAACAAAAAAAACAUAUAUAUAAGCAUUUCACACUGUCAACGGACAGCUAAA